GAGCCUUCCUCUUCAGCCACCUAGCAACCUCUGCUCAAAAUUCAAACUAUUUUUCUAGGUUGAAAUCAACACUAGCUGGAAGCGAAAGCAUGGAACCAAAUUAAUCUUCAAUACCCACCUAUGCUUUUAGGUGACAAGUCACACACCACUUCAAGUGGUCAUCAUCUUGAACUCUCCCACUUCUUUUUGGCCUUUAUUAGUGCUGCUCCUCCACCACUAUAACUACUGCUUCAAGUAAUCAACGCUAGUAAUCCCAUCUCAUCUCUUCUCAAAAUCUUUACUUGAUUGAAAAUGAAUUCCAAGCCUUUUCUUCUCCUCUGUCUUCUGUUGGCAGCUGUUCUUCUCACCUCCUCAGCUGCGUCAGCUAAGAUAUCUAUAGAUGAGAAAAAUGUGGAAGCAGCUGAUCAGCAAGUAAACCAGGUAGCUCAUGCAAGCACUCAGGGGGGUUGCGGGUAUGGAUCAGGUUAUGUUACUAACAGAAGAGGGCGUAUCGCUCAGAGUCUGGGUUGCAAAAAUGGCUGUUGUUCUUGGGGUCCUCGUAAAAUAUGCAGAAGGUGCUGCUCUAGUGCAGAAGAAGCUCUCAACAACAAGAAAAAUUAAGAAUCCCAUGCCAGCUGGGAACUGAACCCUGACGUAUAUUACUCUAUGUAAUGUAUGGGGAAUUAUGAAUAAGAUGCAUGAGGGUAUUGUCUUCCCUUUCAUGCCUGGUCGCUUCUAGUGCUUGUGGAUCAUGUUAUGAAGCUGUAUCAAAUGAAAGGUAGUUCAUUUCUAGACCUCAA